AUGAGCGAGAAGGCUCCAGAGUUUAGCCUUGGGGCUACCACCACGACUGCUAAGGUGACGCCUUUAGCCCCACCACCUUUACACGUGAGCGAAGCUACUGCUGAGAACGGUAGUGGGGAGAUUCUCCACGAAUACGUAUCCAAAAAACAAAACAAAAAUUCCAGUAAAAUGGAUACAAUCACCACAUCAGCGUCAUCCAUAUCAUUGUCCUCGACAGCUCAAAUCGUAGUAAAAAAAGAAGUAACAUCGGAUGUAAUAACAACCGACGAAAUAGAAAUAGACCACUUGACAAUUCCAGUCGUCAACAAUAACAAUGGCAGAAAAACUAGCUCUUCGUUCUUAUUAGCGGAUGUGUCGACCGGAUCACCAGAUUCAGACGCAAAGAAUAUUGGUGGUAGUAGUCAAGCGUCUCGAUCAUCUUCGUCUUCAGCAUCUAAUUCGUCGCGCAGUAGUUCACCAACUACUAACACGAUUAAAGAAAUAGCCACUACGACAAUUAUUAAUCCAAAAAGAGGACGUGGACGACCACGAAAAAGUGAUACUACGAACGAGUCUGAUAAUCAUUCUCAGUCUGCAGUCAAACAAACUAUGGUGAUGUUUGACCUUAAUGAUGACAGUAAUGAUAACUCAGCACCACGAAAACGUGGACGUCCUCCUAAAGAUUCUACACCAUUCGCGCAAUUUGCAACUGCUGCUGCUGGGCUGCCGAAGAAAAGAGGACGACCGCCAAAAAGUUUUGGCUCAUCAUCAAUGUCAUCUGGUGUCAAUUUACCAAAGAGACGCGGACGCCCUCCAAAAAGUACUAUAUCGACUACCACUAGUAAUACAAAUCAUGGUGGAACCGGGAGAAAACGAGGUCGUCCCCGAAAGGAAGAAACAAUAAGUCGCAAUAGAGAAAGGAAAACUGGUUCAUCCUCUUCAUAUAUUCCAAAUCCGGACGGAUGGACAGCGGAAGAGGAUAGGACAUUGGUAGACAGUGUCCUUGAAAGUUUGGCUGUGCCUCCGUGGACUGAAAUAGCUAAGCGCGUUCAAAAUCACGAUGCCUCAAAGUGCUUUAAUCGAUGGACAAGUUUGAAGAGACGAUUAUACCGCGACGGAGAUGAAUAA